AUUGCACGCAAUUAUGAUUGACAGUCUUUUCGUUUUGAACACUGCUGGAAAAAUUAUCAUUGAAAAACAUUGGCGAGGUCUUAUAAAUCGUCAAGUGGUUGAUUAUUUUAAUGACCAAGUAUCUAGACAGUCCUCCCCGGAAGAUUUACCACCAGUCGUUUCGACGCCAAAAUACCAGCUGGUCCAUGUUUACCGAUCUAGCUUAACUUUUUUAAGUCCUGUUUCUAGUGAAGUCGAUGUUUUGUUAGUGUUAGAGUUCCUUCACAGGAUAGUAGACAUACUAGCAGAAUAUUUUGGUGAAAUAUCUGAGCUAUCAAUAAGAGAUAAUUUUGAUGUCGUUUAUCAGCUUUUAGAAGAAAUGAUGGAUUAUGGAUAUCCAUUAACUACUGAACCUAAUGCUCUGAAGGAAAUGAUUGUACCUCCAAAUAUUAUUAAUAAAGUGAUAAGUCAAGUUGCCGGAGUAACAAGCGUUACGCAGCAUAUUCCUAAUGGAAGUACAAUAUCAAGUAUUCCAUGGAGAAAAUCUGGUGUAAAAUAUACAAAUAAUGAAAUAUAUUUUGAUAUGAUUGAAGAAAUAGAUGCAAUCGUUGAUAGUAAUGGCGCAAUAGUGUCAUCUGAAACCCAUGGAAUAAUACAAGCAAAUUGUCGUUUAUCUGGAAUGCCUGACCUUACGUUGAGUUUCGUAAAUCCAAGAGUGUUGGAUGACUGUAGUUUUCAUCCAUGUGUUAGAUAUAACAAAUUUGAAAAUGAACGCGUACUUUCUUUUGUGCCUCCUGAUGGUCCAUUUAAAUUAAUGAACUAUCGGGUAAAUUUGCCACAUCAACAAUCUUUACCAAUAUAUGUAAAACCGCAAAUUCAUAUUGGAAAUAAUGGUGGUAAAUUUGAUAUAUCAAUCAAUAUAAGAAAUACAGAUGGAAAACCUAUAGAGAAUGUCUUGCUGGUAUUUCCCUUAGCUAAAUCUGUAUCGAAUGUUAACGCUACAUGUAAUCUUGGUUCAUAUAUUUUUGAUCCCGUCACAAAGAGUGUUAGAUGGGAUCUGGGUAAAAUAGAAUCUAAAGAUAAAGUUCCUUUAUUAUCCGGAAACUUCAGCAGUUCUGAACAAACACCAGAAUCAGGGCAUACAAUUACAUUAGACUUUUCUAUUAAUAUGUAUGCAAUAUCGGGACUUAGAGUAGACAGUUUAAAGAUAUUUAAUGAAGGAUACAAACCAUAUAAGGGUGUACGAAGUUUAACCAAAGCUGGAAAGUUUCAAAUUCGCACAUGAUAAGGACUUUUUAAUUAAUUAAUUCAUUCAAAAUUUGGAAGUUUCAAUUAAAUCAUUAAUGUAUUUGGGGAGAAACCAAAAAA